AUGUGGUCGGUGUUCAGUGAAUUACACGCGUUACAAUCUCCUCCUGUUAAUGCUGGAAUUGCAACAUGGCGGUCGCUCAUGGCGUCUCGUGAGGAGCGUUUUGGGACGGCCGUGUCAGGAGGCGCUUUCGGAGGACGUACCGCACGCUGCACGCGGCAUACUCAGGGACUUGACGACAUUCCUGCGGGCGGCAGACAGCUCCCGGGCCGCGCGCCGCCGCACAACAACUCCAGUUCCUUCCACACACGUCAGGCGCCGCCAGUUGUUACCUUAAGGUAG